AUGUCUGCUCCCGUCCAUAUCCAGAGAGAGACCAUUGACAGAUUUUUGGCCGCAUGGGAAAAUGGAAACGCUCAAGAUACUAUAAACCUCUGGUCUGACGACUUUGAGCAGCAGCUUCUCCCUCUGUCGCUGCAGCAGCCACGCCGGACCCGAGGCCACGCCGAGUUCUUCUACCCCAAGCUUGUGAAUAACCUCACCAACUGGAAGUUGGAUAUCAAACAUAUCGUCCACGACACGGCGAAUGCCACAGCUGCAGUCUAUGCGACCUCAUCCGCAGACACGCCUAUCCCCGGGGAAAAAUGGACGAACGAGUAUGCCAUUUUCCUGUCCCUGACCAAGGAUGGCUUGAAGGUGAAGCAAUUGGAAGAAAUGGUGGACUCUGGAUUCUACCAACACUUCUUUCCUAAAUUCCAAAAGUAUCUGGUAGACCAGGGGGUACUCCAGUAG